AGAGAGGAGACCGGUCAGACACCCUCCCCGCGACGCUGCGCUGGACACAACCACACUACUGACCCCCACUACACCUGACGGGCACACGAAGAAGCCGCUGCGAUGAAACGCUUCGGACUUAAGGACCUGUGGAAAGCCAUGACCGUGGCCCAGGCCGCCGGGGCGAUCGAAGCAGACCCCGGCGCGGGUCAGUCCAGUCCGGACUCCAGUCCCGGCCGCCGUCGCCACCCGGACCCUGUUGACCCGGGCCUCACCGUGACGACCUCGCUGCCCGGCUCUCCGCAGGGCCGGCUGGACGGCAGCGUGUCGGACCAGGACAAGACGGGAGCCACGCUGCUGUUCUCGGGCCUGUUCCUGGGCCUGGUGGGAAUGACCUUCACGGCCAUGGGCUGGAUCAACUACGACCAGAGCCACGCCUUCGAGUGGACGCAGUUCCUGGGGCCCGUGCUGCUGUCGGUCGGCGGCACCUUCGUCUUCAUCAGCGUCUGCAAGUUCGGGAUGCUCUCCUGCCUGGCCUGCGGUCGGCGGGAGCAGGACGACGGAGGAGGUGGAGGAGGAGGAGGAGGAAGAGGGGGAAGAGGGGCCGAGGACGGCGAGCUGUCACGCAACCAAUCGUUCGUCUUCGCCGGCAUCAACCAGCCAAUCACGUUCCACCGCGCCACGGUGGUCCAGUACAUCCCGCCCCCCUACGCGUCGGUCAUGCAGGAGCCGGGCGUCCUGGGCGGUCCGGGCACUGCCCACAGUCCGCCGCAGUACUGCAGUGUGUGCCCGCUAGAGCGUCCAGCUCAGAGCCGCAGUGCCAGCCUCGUGCCCACCGCCCAGCCACCGCCCAGCCGGCGGGAAAGCAGGGUUCCCACAGAGAGAGAUGAGGAAGAGGAGGAAAAGAAUGAGGCUUAUGAUGAAGAUGCGCUGGACUGUGUCUCUCCGCCAGCUUAUGAAGAUCUCUACCCAUCUCUGCCCAGUGACAAUCACACCUGAGCCUUUUUGUUCAAACAAAUAAAUAAUAUACUGUAUGUUUUUACAUAAAUAUUUAUAUAUGUACAGUAUAUUUUAUAUCCGCCAACCACAAACUUUUUUGUAUCUUUGUGUGUGCUGGUGGACCGUGAGGUCCAGUGUUGUGCAAGUUCAUUGACAUGCGGAGAGCCUUGUCUAAUGAUAUACCCGACGGGAUUAAGAAUCCCAUAGCUGAGACACUGCCCAUUGGCACCUUCAUGCUACACUUUGAACUUCAAACUGCUUCCUCUACUGUUCCAAAGGGUUUCAACGUUUAUAAAUAGAGUGUUUGAAAGCACUAACACAAAUGACUGUUGCAUAUUAACUUUUAAAUGAGACUGAUGGCUGUGGUUUUGUAGAGGGGCAGUGUGUGUUGGUGUUGGAGCAUUUUCACCAAUUUUAAGGUCUGAAGCAAUAGUGUUCUUGGAUGCCCAAAAUUAAAAUAUUUCAAAUAGAGGACUACAAGAAUUCCCCUAAUCUGAAGAAACUGGGGGGAAAUGUCUCUCCAAAAACUAUUGCAUUUAAUGCAUUAUUUUUCUUUGAGAUCUGACAAUAAAAGUCCAGAAACAAAGAGAAUAGUAGCCCACGUCUAUUUCUGACA